AAAAAAAAAAAAAAAAUUACAGAAAGAGCUGUAUGAUUUGAAGCUUAGAAAUGAAAGAUGUCUGGGAUAUCUAUUCCACUUAAUUAUCAAACGGGAAAUUCCUGUUGUAAGAGGUAGUGAUCUCACACGAGAGAAUCGUCCACCAGGAGAACACAUGUGUGCAUAGCUGGGUAUGGUAAAGCCUUUCCAUGAAGAUGGACAUCACUGCUGGAAUGCAAGACAUGUUUCAAGCCGAGGGGGCUUAUUUGAUCUCAGAAGAGGAUAUCAAAAGACGGAAGCAAGAACGUCACUAUACCAUGCUGAGUGAACUUCAAGACAUGGCUAGGCAGCUUCCUAUGAAUUUCCAGCAGCUUCUGCCAUACACGACCCUAUCCAAUCUUGCUCUGUCUCUAUUGGAUGGCACUGUGUUUGAGAUUGUACAACAUCUCUCUGAGAUACAACAGAUGAUGGAGAGAAAGUUGAUGGAACAGAGAGCAAGGCUUCACAAUAGUCAUAAAUCCCAGAAGUAUCAGAUGCAGAAGAGACACCAAGCAGCCAUGCAGGAUUGCCAGAGCAAACCUCACAAUAUACCACGAACCAAGAUUGCCAAUGAGAAAGAGAAAGAGGCACUGGAUAAGAAGAUGUCUGAGGAACAGAAGAGAAUGGAUGAGAGGAUCUUGAUAGAGUUAGACACCUGUGCUGCAGAGCAACAGACAACCCUUGAGAAGGCUGGAGUCCCUGGCUUCCAACGAACUCAUGAUUCAAAGGAGUCUAGACUACAGAUGUACAUCCUGGAGUUUAUCACAAAGUUACACAGAAUGGAAACGGCAGAGUCGGUCAGUUAACAUGAUCUGAAAUGUCUUGUAGAUUUGCUGCAGAGCAACAGGCUACCAUGAAGAAGGUUCUAGAGUGCCUUGCUUCCAAUGAACUCAUAAACCUUCAUAGUGCAGCAAAGGUCCGUCCUGGUCGUGGAGUUCAUCACUGAUUUGCACAGAAUAGAGUUCCAGAGACUGUCAGUCAACAAGAUAUGAACAACAUAGCACAUCAAAGUGUGUCGUCAUACUGGCCAAGCUGCCAAGGUUGCUGGUUCCCAACAAUUUUGUGCCAAACAAUGGCAUGGUGAUCACACCAGCACCAAAGACUUAGUUUGCCCUGCUACACCCUAUUGCUUGAAUGAUUUCAUGAUGAACCUCAUGCAAAGGCUCUGUUGUUUGGAACCAGUAACAUUGACGACGAGCGAAUAUGACGUUAUCACUUAGGUACUCUAUUGGCAAUAUGGUCUAAAAUUUAAGUUAUGUGGUGUUCUUGUCACUUAAUAGUCCAUUGCAAGUUGCUCAUCAUGGACAUGGAUAAGUCUAGACAGUGAUCUGGGAAACUACAUGUACCUGAAAUGGGCUUACACUUCUGGAAUUGAAUGUUAACAAUGAUUUUCGGGAAGAAUUUGAUUUUCCAUUAUGAUUACCAGGUGCAGAUGUACUUCAUGCACUAAGGAGAAUAUUGUGGAGAUACAUGUAGAGUCUGCUUUCAGUUUAAUAAUACAGUAAUCUCUGUUACAAUGUCACCCCAGGAGAUUCCAAGUUGAUGCUGAUGCCAGCGAUUUUCAUAAUUUGAAAAGGUUUGUCAACAUACAAUCAUUGUUAAUGCCAUAUGGAAACUGGAAAGAAUCAUGAAGAAUACUAUGUUUUUUUAACCAUAGCUUAUUGAUAUCAUUAUCUUACAGAUAGAUGGUAAGCUGCAGGGUUGCAUUUCAUCAAAAUUAUUAUAACCAUUUAUAUUUAAAUACACUGAAGUCAAUUAAUUUGAUUGGGUGUGAGUAAAUUUGGUAUACACUGUGGCUCAGUGUGAAUAAUACUUUUCUCCUUGCACGAGCUCUUUUAAGAUUAGGUGUUGUAUAAGUGCGAUUCCCAUACAUUGAUAUUUAAGUAAGUAAUUGAUAUACAUGUGAUACCAGAGUUCUUCGUCAGUUUACCAGAGCUAUUUUUAUAUAUAGCUUCCCAAAGCCAAAUAACUCACUGCUUCUAUUCUUUUUUCCUGCUGUUGUUGCAACUUUUAUAUGCUUCAAGUUUUAGGGACUUGUUCCCCUAAGACAUGUAUUUCUCCAUUUAGCUUUUCAAGAAAUGUUUUCAUCUAUGCACAGGUUUUCAGGUAUGAAAAUGGUAAUGGCAAUGAAUGUAGUCGAAGGCCCUGGGCCAAUAAACCAUACUUGGGCUGGAUGAGGUAUUCAACAUGUUCUGAAGAAUCUACUUCUGUAUCUCUUUCAUGUUUCUCAUGAUAGUAUAUGUUUUUUCUAAUUCUAUUAUUUUAAUGUUUCAGAGACAUAUCAUUUAUUAUUAUCGACUCACAUGUACACAAAAUGUAAAAUCUUUAACAAUGAAAAAUAUUUUUAGAAAUUGGAUUUGGGAAAUAUCUAAUUUAAUACUGAUGCAAAGUUUUUUUAUAAAAGUUGAAGAGAUUUUGCACAGACAAUAUCAAUUUGGUGACUUGGCAAAAUAUGGUUGCUGGCUGACUUUUAUCAUUACAUUACUACAAGACUCUCCAUGUCAUGUGCACAUGUUGUAAUUGGAAAACUCAGUGAUGUCUCCAUGACAUGAUGGUUGGUUUGAUGCCAAGAAAUAUGAGUGUUGAUUACUAGUGAAUAAUGAUAUGGUCACAUGCUGGAUAAGCUUAUUUCUUUCUGGACUGCAGCCAUAAGUGACAUUUACAAAGCUGCUCAAUAUAGAAUAAGACUUUGCAAGGACUGCAUGUAAUUAACUUUGGAUGUAUCUUCCUUUUGAUGAUUAACUAUCUCUGUUCCCAAUGUGUAUUUCAUAUGUAUUGUAAUUUAUAGGUUUAUUUGCACUUUUUUGUUUUAUU